UACAGUUUUAAAAUCGACGUCUUACACAUAUAUAAUGUACCCUUUCAAAUUUGAUCAAAGUAUUGUGUAUGUUUACCUAUCCAAAUGACAUCUAUAGUCAUGUAAACUUCAUUGGAAACAUAACAUAUAUUACAACUUCGACAAAAUGUAGACAUUUUAGAUGAUAAUGUUUCUUAGUAUCACAGAACGUGAUGUCAACAAAAAGGUUCCCUGUUCAGAGGAAAGAACAUCCUAGGAUUGAGGUUAAUGUAUUAAAAGUUGACGCAGACGGAAACAGUAUUUAUGAUGAAGAUUUUGAUUCAAAUGUAUGCCACUGUUUUCCUUCAACCAGCAGUAAAUUUCUCCCAUCUAUGAUUUAUGAUGAACUUAAGUGUGAUCAUGAACAGACAACAUAUAUACAACCCGCUCAACAAUCUGUGUUCACUUAUCCUUGGACUGCUAACACAGUUACCGGAAGAGAAGACCUAGCAGACGACCGCGAUUCACUAAAAAGCGGGAAACUAAGUGCUAUAGCAGAGGAGCCAGAUGGUCAUGUGACCAGAACUGCUCCUCCAUUUGCGAGUCCUUCAAAGACAGUUGAAAGAACAAAAGGUCCAUAUUCAGCACCAGUGGACCCAAGUCGAUGGGAAAGCCAUGGUCCUGAUUUUAGACGAGCACAUUCAGAACAAUCAGUCAAUAGACUCCAUACAGGAGGAAGACCGAGGACUCUAGAUUCGCGGGAAUUCAGAGGAAGAUAUGUCGAUCCAAAGGAUGGUCAAGUAUACAAGUUCAACGUUAAUUACGGUAAACGGAAUGUCCAAGCGUCCAGACAGGCGGAUAACACGAUUUGACCUUAAUCAGCAGCCUAACAUUUCAAACAUUUAUUCUUACUUGAAGUUCUUGAUUUUUUUAGUGUCACUUAUGAUCGAACUUUAAAACUACACUUAUUCAUAGAAAAAACUGUAGAAGAAUUUUAUUCGUACUCUACCAAUUUUUCUAAAACUGAAACCAUGAAUUCAACUACGCACAAAGGAGGAUUUUUCAGAAGCACUAUAGUUAUGAUAACAAAGUACUUUCUAUAUUAUGUGUUACCUAAUAUGUGAUCAUUUCUAAUUUACAAAACUCGAUUUCUGUUGUAUCUUAUUGUUUUGAUAACAUCUGAUAUUUAUAAUAAAUAAAGUUGUCAAAAUAA